AUGGAGAGUGAAGUGGAAGUGAGUGUUGACAGAGCCGAGAGCCCGAGGCCGCUGACAGGACUGGGGAUGAGCUGUGCUGUGGGCCAAAGAUUCAAGUACAAUGGUCCAGGCCUUACUAGCCCUCAGGAGUACAACCAGUGGCUCCCCUUUCGACAUGAUGCCAGUCUGCUGCCCAUGAAGGAAGAUCUGGCUCUGUGGCUCAACACUACCCUGGGUGUGGAUCUGACAGCAGAUAACUUCAUGGACCGUCUGGACAAUGGAGUUAUCCUGUGUCAGCUCGCACAGAUGCUACAGGACAAGAUGAUGCAGGCAAACAACAGCAAGCACUUCAUCAGGAGGGUCAUCCACUGGAGAUCAGACGCAACCUCCGGGUCAUUUUUUGCCAGAGACAACACAGCCAACUUCCUGUACUGGUGUCGCAAAAUUGGUGUGGAUGAAGCCUAUCUGUUUGAGUCUGAGGAUUUGGUCCUGCAGAAGCAGCCUCGGGAAGUGUGUCUAUGUCUGAUAGAGCUGGGGCGGAUCGCAGCCAGGUAUGGUGUAGAGCCUCCAGGUUUGGUGAAGUUGGAGAGGGAGAUUGAGAGGGAGGAGGCUGGCCUGUCGCCAUUGUCCCCGUUGUCUUUUUUCCCCUCUCCUUCUUUCAGUCCAUCCCCAGCUCCAUCACCUCCACCCAUCCCCCCACCUUCUCCACCCCCUGCCCCCCUGUCUCCCCCCAUCACAAGCCCACCUGAACCUGCUCCGGCCCCCAAACCUGAAAGCCCACCCCCUCCUGCUCCCCCUCUUCCAUCUCACAGUCCUGCUACUACCUCUAGUGCAACACAAACUCCCGUCUUUAUCCCUCUGGGCACCACGACCACACCUGUUCCACCACUGCCUCCAUGUCAGAUUCCAGUGCCCGCUGCCAGAGUCUCUGCACUGAUUAUCCAGUCGCCCUUAGCAAUGCCCUCUGUCACCCCAUCCAUGGCCCCGCGGUCCGCCAACAAAUCUACAAAAAGACGGAACACCAACGCAAACACCAACACGCUUUUGGAUGAUAUUGUUCAAAAUAUUGUGAAGAAUGCUCCCUGCACGUGUCCCACCAGGUUUCCUGUUGACAAGCAGCCAAAAGGUUGUUAUCGUAUUGGGGAAAAAGUUCUGUAUAUCCGUAUGCUGAAUGAGCGCCAUGUGAUGGUGCGGGUUGGAGGAGGCUGGGAAACCUUUUUGAGUUACUUGCAGAAACACGACCCCUGCAGAGGAGCACUGAGUAGGUCAGAGGUCAGAGUGUGUCGGGACAGGGUCAAAACAGCGCCCCUACAGAUGUCUCCAGACAGCUACAUGGUGGUAGGAGCCCAUUACCGAAAUAAGAAGUAGGGGCAGAUAUAAGGCCCUCUUUUCCACAGGUGCUGGAUCAGAUUGUAGUUAUAU